CACGCGCGCGAGCGCGAACAAUUGACCGGUUUAUCGCGUCAAGUUGCACGAAAGAUAUUACAGCGAGCGGCGCGUAAUAAUAUUUCGAAACAUAAUAACGAUACAUCACACACGAGCCGUUCGCUCGUAAUGACGUGGCAAAUACGGCGCGCUGUUGUACGUAUUAUGGAAUCGCCACUUACUGAGCGCGAAUUACUGAAAGUUAAAACGCAUCCGCUCGCGCACGCUUCAGUAACCGUGCGACCGUUGUUGAAUUCGCGUCGCAACUGCCGCUGUCGCCGGCCGAUUCGCACGCUCGCUCGCAUUCGAAUUCCAGUAGAUACCGCUCGACGAGCGCGCGAACCGGUCGUGCGGCCACUUUCGCCGGCCGUGAUUUUCCUCGCCGCGGUGUUUUCGCCUCUGGCGCGAAGACGCCAGAGUAAUCGCCUCGUCGUUCGAUCGCGCGUCGGAGUCAACGGCGCAAUCCGGGUGCAAUAAGUGCAGCGCUUCGCGACGUUAUGCGGACGCAUGCCGGCGGGCGGCAUUGUCGGUGUGCCAAGUUGGCGUUUGAUAAAGCGCGCGCGCGCGCGAUACGACGGGAGUACAUCCGCGGUGACGCUUUGUCCGCGCGGCUGGACGUUGUCUCGCUCGGCUGGAGGUGCACCUUGGCACCUGACACCUACGGGCGAAUCGCUGGCGGGAAAGACGUAAGGCGUAACCUCGAGGCGAAUUAAGCGCGAAUCAGCCGCAUCGCACGCGAGUAUUCUCCCGCGCGCGAUCGUCCCGCCGCGACGCGCGGCGCCGCGAAAUAAUAGCUCGCUGUUGGCGCUAGGCGUUCGCGCUCGUGCGACGAUAUCGUCACUUCGUGACGGACAAAGCGUGUAACGCCUGUUAUCGCCGGCGACGACGAGCGCAGCAUAUUCAUUCAGCGGUCUUCGGCCAGCGAGGCAGCAAAAUGUACGUUGGAUGAACGAGCGAACACGACGCUCUUCUCUUCCCCGCUCGCACCGCAUUCUGUAAUCUCGCGUCGAUAGCGGCACGACCGCUGCGCGCCGGCACGCGUCAUCCGCGCCAAGAUACUACGCCAAGAAGAGGAGGAAUCUCUGUGUUGUCGUGCAUACACGCCGUUUCCCUUCGUCAACAUCAAUUCGGUAGUCGGGCUCUCCGCCCGUUGGAUGUGUCGGCGAGGGUGAAAUCGAGCGUGAGAAGCAGUCGAAGAUCGUAUCGAUCGCGCGGAGACAAGUGACGUCGGCGACGGCGUUUCGAGAUGUGAUACAGUCAUCGGCGUCAUCGAGUCGCAUUAGCAUCGAGAUCGCAUUGAAUAUCCUCAGGAGCAAUGGCGGGCUACGUGCGUUUUCUGUUCGCCAUAAUGCUAUGCAUCGCGAACGCGAUCAUCUACGGGCUGAAGGUGAACCUCGCGACCGCCAUCAUCGGCAUGGUGAAGAGGAAGCCCGGCGUGCCAGAUUGGUCGGACGAAUGUCCGGAGUUCGAGCCCGACACGAGCGAAGUCACCGACAUCGACGGCCCGUUCGACUGGUCGUCGAAGGAGCAAGGUCUCGUCGUUAGUAUGUACUUCGCUGGAUAUCUCGUUGGGAUGUUUCCAUCGGGAUACUGCGCGGAUCGAUUCCACACGAAGACGGUGUUGCUGUUCUGCGUGUUGGGAAACGCGCUGCUAACGAUCUUGGUGCCGGUCGCUGCGAACGCGCUGAGCGCGCUCUACACCGUGAGAUUUUUGACCGGCGUGGUGAGCGCGGCGAAUCUACCGAUAGUGAACGUCCUCGUGGGGAAAUGGGUCAUCUACGAGGAGAAGAGCAUGUGGGUCGGCAUCAUAUACGCCGGCACGUCGCUCGGCACGGUGAUAUCCAUUCUCACCUCGGGCAUGAUAUUGAAUUUCAUGGGCUGGGAGGCGAUCUUCUACAUUCACGGGAUACUGCCGUUGAUUUGGUGCGUUGUCUUCUAUAUAUUUUUCGAGGACUCGCCGGAGGAGCAAAAGUACAUCACGGAGGAGGAGAGGUCGCUCAUCGUCAACUCGUACGGCCACCGCUCGCCCGGCACCAGGAAGAUGAAGAUUCCUUGGAAAAGCAUCUUCACGUCGGUGCCGUUCUGGGCUCUGAUCGCCACCAACACCUUGGGCAACUUCUGCUGGUACUUCCUGCUCACUCAAAUGCCGCUCUACAUGAACAAGAUAUUGCGGUUCGACGUGAAGUCGAAUGCUAUUAUUACUUGCACGCCGUACUUCAUAAAUGCCUUCACUAAUCCUCUCCUGGGAAAAAUGUUGGACUGGGGACGGCAGAAGGGAAUUUGGACUCAGACCAUUGCCCGUAAAAUCGCGGUGUUCGUAAGUUCUAUACCGCCUAGCAUCUUCCUGAUCAUAAUCGCGUACAUUGGCUGCGCUCGCGUGACGUCUACCGUCCUGCUGACUCUCAGCAUAGUGGUCUGCGGCGCUAUAUUCGUCGGCCACCUUUGUAAUCAGAACGAUCUGGCCCCGAAUUACGCAGGAAUUCUCAUGGGCAUUACAAACACGCCGGGCACGAUCUCGGCCUUUAUCCUGCCACCGAUAGUCGGCGCCCUCGUGGAGGAAGGACACACUAUGGCGCGUUGGAGGUACGUCUUCUGGAUCACCGUCAUCGCUCAAGUGCUCGGCUUCUUGAUAUUUGUGACCUUCGGGUCCGCAAAAAUUCAAGAGUGGAAUUACGCGGCGCCAGACGUGGAGAAUUGGGACACUGAGGAGCAGCAACGAGGGCCGCGUCAAGAGGAAACCAAGACAUGAUCUAGGAAAUUACUUUAGCCAAGAGUAGUUCGUAUCAGAGGAUUUCAACGAUAUGCACGUCUCUUUUUUCCUUUCUUUUUUUCUAACGCGAAUCCCGUAGCGCAUGCUACGCAAACAGGUAGUUGUUAUCUCCGAUGAUUUAUCAUUCUUUAUCUAUCACUCCGCGUACGAUGUCAUUAUGUUAUUAUGCACAGGAGACGCCUUGUGACCUUCGCGAUGUGCGCGACUUUGUACGCCUAGUUAAUUUUGUGCAUUUUAUAUAUAUUUUUAUAUAACGACGCCGGCCAUCUUGGACGAAUCUAUUAAGAUUUACUCUUGAUAUUUUCUUAGCGUGUCGCCAUCUUGGCGCACUUUUAGACACGUGUUUAUACACACGCAUAUUUGCAAUAUAUAUUUCGAAACCGUUUCGAAUCUUUUUACCUAAAACGCGUUUUGCGCGAGAUAUUACAAGUGCCAUUGUACGAACCGCCUUAUACGGGCGACAAUUUCGCCAAAUCUCGGUAGCGGCAGAUUUUGAUAGAAAAAUCCGGGAAAUAAAGGACACGAUGUGUAAUUUCAUUCAA